AUGUCUGUGGGAUCCUCUGCUACUACAAACCGCUUUGCCAUUCAUCAAUCAUUAACAGACAACAAGAACAAGAAACACAUGUCAACUACUGCUACUACUGUAACAUCCGCAGCGUUUUCUCAUUAUCAAUUCAAUGCUGCAUCCAGCAACAACAACAACAACAACAACAAUAGCAAAUUCUCAUACAGAUCAUGCCCCAUCUGUGAACAGCGAUUGCUCGUCAGAAUCAAUGGCUCAUUUGUGUAUAAAUGGAUCAGUACACACUUCUCUACACAUCAUCAUGAGUGGAUGCAUGUCGUUGUCAAUUUACAUGAAUCAUAA